AUGGGGAGUCAGUGGGAAGUCGAAACUAUUGCUGUCACCACUCACGCUCUCUCUCUCUCUCUCUUUCUAUACAGCAUGGCAGGGAAGUCACCGGAAGAGGAACACCCUGUUGAGUCCUUUGGAUGGGCAGCUAAAGACCCCUCCGGCGUUCUCUCCCCAUUCAAAUUCUCCAGAAGAGCAACCGGAGAUGAGGAUGUAAGAUUUAAGGUGUUGUAUUGUGGGAUUUGCCACUCUGACCUUCACUGCAUCAAAAACGAAUGGGGAUUCUCAACCUACCCGCUCGUACCCGGGCACGAGAUUGUGGGCACGGUGACAGAGGUUGGAGACAAGGUAACAAAAUUCUCAAUAGGAGACAGAGUGGGAGUCGGGUGUAUGGUUGGGUCAUGUCGGACCUGCCAGAACUGUUCCAAUGACCUUGAGAAUUAUUGUUCUAAAACUGUAGCCACCUACUCGGGCACUGACUAUGACGGAACCACCACUUACGGUGGGUACUCUAACGAGAUGGUGGCUAACGAACACUUUGUGGUCAAAUUUCCGGCAUCAAUGCCCCUCGAUAGCGGUGCUCCUCUUCUCUGUGCCGGAAUCACGGUGUACAGUCCAUUGAAAUACUAUGGGCUUACCAAGCCAGGUAAUAAAAAAUUUAAAAAUAAGAAAAGCAAAACAAUUGCCGACGAGCUAUUGACAUGCCACCACCAUUGUGUAACACCAGGCACGGAGUUGGGGGUGGUGGGCCUUGGAGGGCUUGGUCAUUUGGCGGUAAAAUUUGCAAAGGCUUUUGGGGUGAAAGUGACUGUGAUCAGUGCCUCCCCUGGUAAGAAGGAGGACGCUGUGAGACGACUCGGUGCUGACUCGUUUUUGAUAAGCAGUGACGCGGACCACAUGCAGGCUGCUAUGGCGUCUAUGGAUGGAAUCGUUGAUACAGUCUCGGCGGUUCAUCCCAUUAUGCCGCUUGUCGGUCUGCUCAAGUCUCAUGGGAAGCUUGUCAUGGUCGGAGCUCCGGAUAGGCCCUUGGAGUUGCCAGUUUUCCCUUUGAUUGUAGGAAGGAAAUUGAUAGGUGGCAGUGGGAUAGGAGGGAUGAAAGAGACCCAAGAGAUGAUUGAUUUCGCCGCAGAAAACAAUAUUGCGGCCGACAUUGAGGUCAUACCAAUGGACUACGUCAACACGGCAAUGGACCGCCUUCAAAAGGGUGAUGUCCGGUACCGAAGGGAACCGUCCACUUGUGUUGUGGCGGUGACUGACUUCAAGCUUGGUGGCAAACUUCCAAGCGUUCAGCCAUUGUUGUUUGCUGCAUAA